GCAACGUUCAGGGGUUUAGUGCAUUUAACCCAAUUUUAAAUCCACAAACCCUCUGCUUUAGAUUUUCCGUUGCACUUCCAUGCCCGGUUGAAUUCCACCCCUUUCUCUACCGUCUGCGGCCGGAUUUUCUCCACUUUAAAUGGGUAAAACCUCCAUAUAAACGGGCUUGUAUCGCCAUUGCUUCCAUUGCGAUAGAUGGGCUUCAACAUAGCGAUUUACCGAUGCAUAUCUGUUGGGUUUCCAUGAUGAUACAAGUUAUUGAUACUACAGCUCGAAUUCAUGAUUCCAAUCUAUUAUAGUGAAGCAAGAGAUCAUGCUUUUCUUAAUACAAACAAAUAAGUUUCAAAUUCAUCGGAACUUAAACAUUGCCUUUAAACAAACUAGCUGGUUUCACUGUUUGUCAGAGACGGAUGUUGCAAUUGAAAGAAUUGCUACAGUUAUAAAUGACCAUCCUUUUCCUGAUAAGAGGCUGCAUUCCACACUUCGCCGUGAGAUACCUCCAGGUGUUCUGUCUACAACCUUUGUGGAAAAUGUCCUUGGUCACUUGUUUGGUGCGCACUCAAAUGGCAUUAAGGCAUAUGAAUUUUUCAGGUUUUGUCUCUGUCAGCCUCAUUAUGUUCCAAGUUCAGAUGCUUUUGAGAAGACACUCCACAUACUUACAAGAAUGCGCUAUUUUGACAAAGCUUGGGAACUCAUGGGAACAAUCAGGGAUAAACACCCUAUCCUGCUUACUCUCAAAUCGAUAAGCAUCAUGAUAUCAAGAAUUGCGAAAUUUCAGUCCUAUGAAGAAACUCUUGAAGCAUUUCAGAGGAUGGAGAAGGGUAUAUUUUCAGGGAAGCAAUUUGGGAGUGAAGAAUUCAACAUACUUCUUCGAGCUUUCAGCACACAAAGGCAGAUGAAAGAAGCACGAUCAGUUUUCAACAAGCUCCACACUAGGUUUUCUCCCAACACCAAAACAUUGAAUAUUUUGCUCUUGGGAUUCAAGGAAUCAGGCGGUGUUACUUCGGUUGAGUUGUUCUAUCAUGAGAUGAUUAAAAGAGGUUUUAAGCCCAAUAGUGUGACUUAUAGCAUUAGAAUUGAUGCUUACUGUAAAAAAGGUUAUCUUGGCGAUGCCUUGAGACUCUUUGAAGAAAUGGAACAGUGUAAAAUAAUGCCCACAGUAGAGACUAUUACUACUUUGAUUCACGGUGCUGGGAUAGCUCGAAAUGUUACAAAGGCAAAAGAAUGUUUUGAUGAAAUUUCCAAGAGAAACUUGAAAGCUGAUAUUGGGGCUUAUAAUGCCCUCCUGAGCUCUCUCCUUCAGUGUAAAGAUGUAAAAUCGGCUGCCGCUCUAAUGAAUGAAAUGGAGGACAAAAAUAUCGGGCUUGACAAUGUUACAUAUCACACAAUGUUUUUGGGAUUAAUGAGAUCAUAUGGUAUUGCUGCUCUUUCGGAACUUUAUCAAAAGAUGAUUGAGAGAAAUUUUGUGCCAAAGACACGGACAAUUGUUAUGUUAAUGAAAUACUUCUGUGAGAACCAAAGACUUGAUUUGGGUGUGAAUUUGUGGAGUUAUUUACUGGAGAAAGGACACUGUCCUCACAGUCAUGCUUUAGAUCUUCUUGUGACUGGAUUAUGUUCCAGAGGAAGGUUUGAAGAAGCUUAUGAUUGUUCAAAGCAAAUGUUGGAGAGAGGUAGACAUAUGAGUGAGCUAUCAUAUAGAAUGUUGGAGAGGUACUUACUGCAGAUUGGACAGAUGGAUAAAUUGCAAAACCUGGACAAGCUGAUAAGGAGAUUACAAGCAACGCUCCCACCUUCCAGGGGACAUGCAAAUGCAAACUCCUAGUGUAUCUUCUUCCAGGUCGGUCGUAGCAGUAUAAAUUUAUCUUCUUUUAGUGUUGUGCGCAGAUCUAUUUGUGGUGCUAAAAUACAUUUUGCUUGAGAUAUUUCAUUUUGACAGUGAAAAUUCAUUAGUUUCCAAUUGACUCAUCCUAUUUUGACCAAAUUUCAGUGUUGUUUGUGACGUACUUUAUAAUUUUCUUGGCUCAACCCCACUCACCUCUCAUAGGUAUCUAAAAUUUGAUUUUGAACCAUGAUGUACUCCUUGCUAGUUUUUUUUUUUAAAUAGAGGGAUUUCAUUUAUCGCUGCAUAUACUGCUGAAAAUUGUAAUGACUUCUUGUUUGGCCAAUUCUUGAUGCAUGUCUGUUAGUUAUCAACGUGAGGUCAUUACUUCACUUUCUCAUCGAUAUUAUGUGAUCUUGAUUCCUGUUACCAUGACUGUAUUUGACUUCUGUCAAGUUGAUUAUCCUGAUGAAGUUGUCUCAGUCAUUGGGUUUCUCAAAGUUGAUCAACUCUGGAAGGAGUACAUGUCUUCUAAUGCAGCUUAUCAGGAUGGCCUCCCGAGCAUAUGUCAUUCCCCCAAGUAGACCUGUUAGUAAUCUGGUCUGGGCCUCACCUGCUCUGCUAAUCCUAUUCGGAAGACCUGCCACAGGGGUAUCUUCUUUUAACUUUCAAGUCUCUUGCUGUUUCUGUUCCAUAGUGUGUUCUUUUCAUUAUUGAUCUCUUCUCUUCAUAUCUGUCUUAUAGUAUAUUCGCAAGUGUCUUGGAACAUCUCAGCUAUACCUAAUUCCCUUUGCUUUUGUCUUUUCUUCCCAUGCAUGACACAUUCAGCACAAUGCCAAUCAUCUUAAUUGGUACUUGAUAUGUUUUCAGAUACUGCAUCCCAAUUUGGAACAAUCUCUUCACUUGCAAUAUGGUGUUAACGAUAAGUAAUGCAGGAUUGCAUUCCCCAGAAGUUCAGGUUCUGCAAAUAUUGUAUCAGAGAUCUUUCUUAAAGCACCCUUAAUAUUGCACCUGGUUUCGGAUAAGUUUAUUAGUCUCACUUUACUGGGAAGGAUGAGUACCCUGAUAAGAAGUUAUUAUCUGGGAGGCCAUCAUUUGUUUCAAUUUUUGUAUGAUGCACAACAGUAAAGAUUCAUGCAGAUGAAGCUACGUCACUCUUUUAAAGUGCCUCCGUGACCCCUGCUUUUGAGGCCCCGGUCGUGUCAUCAGUUUAGCAUGGGAGGAUGUGGAGCUACAAAACAUCAGAUAAACAAAGUUCCACUUCCUUACUGGCAUAGGCUGGCCUAUGCCUUAAUUUACUUGCUCUCCUUUCUUGUAUUAGCAUAUUGACUAUAUUCUAGUAACACCAGUGUCUUAUGUUGUAGUGUUUGAAAUUCAGGUCUGACAUUAGGACUUGAAGAGUUUGUUCCUGAAGCAAUAGUUGAGCUUCUUUCUUAGAGAGUUUGUCAAACAUUAAAGCAUGCUAAUGACGAAUAUGAAACUGUAUUUUACCCUUCUUUUUUCCUUUA